AUGAUAAAAGAAGAUGAUGGUAUGGAAAGAAGAUAUGGAAAAUGUCAAUGGUGUGAAAGGCUACUAAAGGCGGAUGUGGAAAGGAAUGGGACUUCUAGUUUACUCAAACACGUAGAUCGGUGUCAAAAAAACCCGAAUAAGCUACAAGAUCCAACUCAAACCAAAUUGAAUCUAAAAAAGGAGUCAAAUGGAGAUACUAGUGUUAAAACAUGGAAACACGAUGAUGCAAGGAUCAAAAAAGCAUUACUUAACCUUUUUGUGGUAGGCGAAUUACCUUUCAAGUUCGUUGAAAACGAGGCUUUUGUGGAAUACACCAAUGCACUUAAUGCUAAGGUUGUGUUGCCAUCUAGACAUACAAUAUCCCGAAAUGUUUCCAAAUUUUACAUAGAAGAAAGAACCAAAAUGCUUCAAUUUUUAAGUAACCCAAAGACCGCUAUACAUUUGACAACGGACACUUGGACGUCUUCUUGUCAAAGGACUACUUACAUGGUGGUCACGGCUCACUUCAUAGAUGAGAAUUGGAUGAUGCACAAGAGAAUUAUAAACUUUAGGGAGAUAGAUAGCCAUAAGGGAGAGGAUAUGGGCCGAGAAUUACUCGAUUGUAUUCGUGAAUGGAUAAUGAAAAAUGUCAUGACCAUUACCUUGGACAACGCCGCUACAAACGACAAGGCAAUGGACUUUUUGGUCAAAAAGUUGCCCAAUCUUUACGAGGGUGGAAAGCAUUUCCAAGUUAGGUGUAUGGCUCACAUUUUAAACCUUAUCGUAAAGGAUGGACUAAAAUACCAAAACUAUCAUGUUGAGUGUAUCCAAAAGGCGGUACGGUACAUUAGAUUGUCACCACAAAGAAUAAACAAGUUCAAGAAGGCGAUGAAAGAUUGUGGCUUACAAACGAAGAAGUUUCUAUGUGGUGACACUCCUACCCGAUGGAACUCGACUUUCGAGUUAUUGAAGUCCGCAUAUGAGUUACGAGAGGCAUUUACGGAAUUUGGCAUAAGAGAUAAAUCAUAUGAAAGGGAUCUCGGUAGAGUACCGGAAAAUUAUGACUUUGAAGUUGUAACCGAAAUGGUGAAAUUCUUUGAAAAAUUCAAAACAAAAACAGAGCUUGUUUCGGCUACAUCAAAACCUUUGGUAAAUCUUUUUAUCAGGGAAGUCUUAGAUGUGGACAUACAUCUAAGAAAGUGGUCAACCAAACCAAUGUUUCUCGAUAUGGUAAAAGAUAUGAGGACGAAAUACGAAAAGUAUUGGGGUGCAUAUAACAAGAUGAAUGAUUUUAUGUACUUUGCGGUUUUACUUGAUCCUACCACCAAAUCACCUUUUUUGUUACAUGCUUUUAAAAAAAUGAUCGGGUACAUGGAACCAUCAUUGACCCCCGCGAGCAUAGACAUAAAAGCACGUCAAAUGGUCCGAGAGGUUGAGAAUAGGAUGGAAAAUUUAUUUAUGACCUACUUGGAACGAUUUGACAGCGGUGGAUCAUCUCAACAAGAAGCGAGUCAAAUAGCCAUUGAUGUUGAUGAUGAUAAUGAUUUUUUCGGUGAUUUUCUUUGUACGGGAGGUAGCAACUCGGAUCCAACGGAUAACGAGUUACGAACUUAUUUGAAAGAGAAUAUAGUUAAUUAUAAAAAAGAUUUCUCAAUUCUCGGGUGGUGGAGAGUAAACGCAAUUAGGUUCCCAACAAUUGCUCGGAUGGCGAAAGGCUUUGAAAAACGACUGGAGCUUCAGUUCUCCAGUCAUGAUCCUGAUAUCGGCAUUGGCCUCAGGGAACUCGAAUUCAAGUUUCUUGAACAAGUUCUCCAUCAAGUACAAUGUACGGUUGUCUCAGCACUUGGCAAUCUACACUUUGAUUCAUACGUCUUGUCUGAAUCCUCACUCUUUGUUUACCCUACCAAGAUUAUCAUCAAAACCUGUGGCACCACUCAGCUCUUGAAAUCGGUUCAACCAUUCAUUCAUCACGCUAGAACCCUCAACCUUCAUAUAACGGCUCUUCGUUACACCCGUGGAAGCUUCAUCUUCCCACAAGCUCAACCACACCCUCACACCAGUUUCCAAGAAGAAGUAGCGUACUUGGAGGAUAGCAUCCCCGCAAGCCUAUGUUACAGAAAAGCUUCUGUAAUUCCCUCUAAACUCAAGUCUCACUCAUGGCAUGUGUUUUCUGCCGGAGCUGUUGAAUACUCCGAUAACGCACCACUAGACUUAUACACGGUCGAGGUGUGCAUGACGGAUCUUGAUCAAACCCUAGCUCGCAAGUUUUUUCGCCAUCCAAACGAUGGAAAAAACGGUGACUCUGCUGGAAGAGAGAUGACGGAGAUAACAGGCAUCAACCGUAUUAACCAAAAUGCGCACAUAUGUGAUUUCGCUUUCGACCCCUGUGGGUACUCAAUGAAUGGCAUUGACGGCGACCGUUAUUCCACUAUUCACGUGACGCCGGAGGAUGGGUUUAGCUACGCAAGCUUCGAGUGCGUUGCGUCUAUUUACAAUGACGACAUGGCGGAUAUGGUGAAAAAAGCCGUGAGAGUUUUUGGUCCAGGGACAGUUUCCGUUGCCACCACCAGCGCCAGUCAGGACAUGUGUGCACGUAUAAAGGGUGCGGUGGAACAUCUUGGGCUGAAGUGCCGGAGCUUCAGUAUGGAUGAGUUCCCAGCUGCCGGCACGGUGGUGCUUCAGACGUUCACUAGUCGCCGGAAUAGAAUAUAA